AUGGUGGAUCCUCGGGCUCCUCCAGGCCAAGAGGUCACCAUUGAUGAAGAUAGCAUUGAGUGGCACCCAGAACUCAUACAGGUUCCUCCAUCCUCUUUGUGCAAUGACUACUGCUAUCCUGGUUUCAGUAAGAAAAUGAAAGAGGAGGAAAAAUCUUGCUGCUAUGAUUGUGCUCCGUGUUCUGAAGGAAGCUUCUCAGAACAAGAGGGUAGGAGUUGUAUCAGUUGUUCAGAAGACUGCUAUCCCAAUAAGGAGAAAGAUCAAUGCAUACCCAAGACAAUAAGCUUCCUCUCUUUAGAAGAACCUUUGACCAUAAUUUUAGCCUUUUGGGCCUUUUUCUUCUCCUUGCUUACAGUGUUGAUACUUGCCAUCUUCAUUAAGCACCAGGACACUCCCAUUGUCAAAGCCAACAACCGGAGCCUCACCUACAUUCUUCUUGUCUCCCUCCUUCUUUGCUUCCUCUGCUCUUUGUUCUUCAUGGGACGUCCUACUAAGGUGUUCUGCCUCCUCCGACAAACAACUUUUGGCAUCAUCUUCUCAAUAGCUGCUUCUUCUGUACUGGCAAAAACCAUUACAGUGGUGGUGGCUUUCAUGGCCUCCAAGCCAAGAAAUAUUUUCCAGAAAUGGGUGGGCAAACAAUUGGCUCAUUCUAUUGUCUUUUCCAGCUCCUUACUUGAAGCCAUCAUUUGUGUUGUUUGGUUAGCAACCUCUCCCCCAUUUCCAGAUUUGGACAUGCACUCUCUUACAACAGAAAUCAUAUUGCAGUGUAAUGAAGGGUCAGUUGCCAUGUUUUACUGUGUCCUGGGUUACAUGGGGAUACUUGCUAGCAUCAGCUUCAUUGUAGCUUUCCUAGCCAGGAAAUUGCCUGACAGUUUUAAUGAAGUCAAGUUCAUCACGUUCAGCAUGUUGAUCUUUUGCAGUGUUUGGUUGUCCUUUGUUCCUACCUACCUGAGCACAAGAGGAAAAUAUAUGGUGGCCGUGGAGAUCUUCUCCAUCUUGGCCUCUAGUGCUGGGCUCCUGGGCUGCAUCUUUUUGCCCAAAUGUUAUGUCAUAAUAUUGAAGCCUGAGUUGAACAACAGAGAGCAGCUAGUUAGGAGAAAACGUUAA